UCCUAUGUGUAAAGUUGACAAGUUGAGUUAUAUACAUGUACGUUAAAUGAUUUGAUACAAAUAGUAAGAAAAAUAGAAAUAUAUUAAACUUGUAAUUUUCCAUAUUUUUAAUUCAAAUUAAAUAUAAAUACAAAAAUAACCAAAAUAUAAAUUGUUAUUUCAAUGCUAAAGUGGAAAAUACGCAAAAAAAAAAAGGAAAAAAUGAAUACAAACUUACGGUGACACGUAAACGUAAAACGAUAUUAACAUCCAUUUGUGAAUAAAUUUCUCAAAUCAAAUCAACUAACAAUUGAAAACACGCACAAAAAAAAAAAGAUGAUAAUAACGAUUGGGUUCGGAUAUUAUUGUUGAAUCAGACGUGGAGAAACGGUGGCUUGGCCUGCGAGAUCACCAGACCCAACAUCUUUGGUCUUUUAUCUCUGUGAAAACGUAAAAAGAAUAGUUUAUUCCGUAAAUAUUACGAGUCUGCAACAUUUGAAAAACAGUGACGUUCGAAGAAAUAGAAAACUGUGACACGCAGGAAGGGAACGUAACGCAAAAUUUAAUUAAAAAAUUACAACUGCGUACGAGAAAACGGACAUUUUGAACGAUACCUCGACUGAAAAUAAUAAACUAAAUUCAAUGAAAGUUACACUGAUUAUUUUAUUAUCCUGUGUUUAAUGUAUUUUUCAAUCAUAUCUUGACGUAAUGUGUAGUCGUAUUCUAAUGUAAUUUGGUAAUAUCUCGAAUAUUUUCUUUAAUUGUUUCGUUCAUCUUCAUUUGAUUGUUUGUCACUGAUAGAUUAUACCUUUCAAAACAAUACUUGAAUUUAAAUAUUUUUUUUUUUAUAUAUUUGGAGUUUACAUUUUUAUUUUAAACUUUGGAUUUUCUGUUGACGAGUCAUUCGUUCAUUGAUCGAUCGAAGCAGAUUUAUGAAACGAAAGUAAACGUUUCCAUAUUGAACUAUCGGUAAUAAACAUUCGAUGUAUUAUUGAUUCAAAACUGAAUCAUGCAAAAAUAAAGUCGGACAAAAUUAAACGAAUCACUUUUUUUGAAUAUACACGUUAAAUCGUUAUCGUUAUUUCAGGUUCAUUGGAUCUUAUUACAUUUAAACAUGAAGUUGACAAAUUUUCACACGCUAUGCCCUCGUAGCAAAUUUUUAAUAAUAACGUUAUUAACGGCAUUUUCAUAACUACGAUGCCACCACCAUCGUAAUCAUAACAGUUGAUUCAAACUUCGACUCGGAAUAAUUAGACUUUUAAGUGGUUAUUCCAUUAUUCUCAACAUGCGUACUCGAAGAAUUCUGACUCAUCGUUAACAUUUUCAAAUAUUUCGUGAACGCAACGGUUUCUCUACUAUUUUCAUGUCGUUAAUUGAAGUAUAAUGGCUGACGUAUUCGGAUUUCAUAAUAAGAAGGGGAGAGAAGAUGAACAGUCUAUUCAAAGUAACGAAAGUAUUCAAAAUGAAAAAACUGAAGAUGAAGAAGUCAAACAGCACGAAAAGUAUGAGAGCAAAAUUGAAAAUUCAGAGAAUAGAGAAUAUUCAGCACUGAUGGAACACACCGUUUAUCAUGAUGAUUAUUUAGAACAUGAAACAAACUAUGAAUAUGUGGAGGAAGCGAUAAAAUCCGUCUCUAGCGAUAUCAUAGAUUGGGAAAAGGAAGCAAAGGAAACUAUACAUUUAGAAACAAAUGAAAAUACAUUGAAAGAAAGACGAAAGACGAUUUUCGAUCUGGAUUCUUUUUCUGCUUCUGGUGUAUCAAGUAGCGACCUUCUACGUCUUACUUCGAAGGAUUAUGUACCUGAACCACCAACAGAAAUUCGCUAUUCUGUUUCACUGGGUGUACCAGGUACAGCAAGGAUCAAUUUGUCACCUCUAACGCAAAAGGUAAUCGGCUGUGUUAUAGGAGAAAACGUUAGUACCGAAUAUCCUUGGGUAUACGUACGAAAAGAGAUUAUCGAAGACAAUAUAGAUCUUCACGAAGACAGUAGCGAUUUCUUACCAGUAAAAAACGAAAUUCGAAAGUUUCCAAAUUCAAAGAUAUUAAUUGGUUACGUUCCAUCGUUAACUGAAGAAGGUCAGUUUUACAUAUGCUUAACUGAGGAAGGUCGAGACGCUGUGGUCGAGGAAAUUCAGAAACAAAGAGAGGAACAUGAAAAUCGAGUGAGAACUGCCGUCUACAAGCCAUUAGGAAGGUGGCAGGAAUUUAGUAGUAGCGUAGAGAUCGAAGCAACCAUCGUUAAGAAUACCAGACCGCUUUUAGAAAUCGAGGUAUUAGGCACAGCAGAUGUGCUCGAUGCACCACUUCGACUGAAAGAUAGAAAAGUAGAAGACGUUAGUGAUGGAUACAUUCAACUUCUUCCUUAUCGUCAACUCUUUGAAAAUAUUCCACGUAAACUGUUAAGCAAUAUGACUCAGGUCACUCCAGAUAUUCGAAACAUGAAAACUCAAACGGCUCUUUCGGUACCGGCAAAUUGUUGGAUUCAGUACAAAUACGAAUAUCAGUCUCCUGAUAUAUCAAAUUUUACCCCAGAUCAAACAGAAUCUUUGAAGAGUUUCCUUCGUCGUUUCACUGAUUACGUGUGCGAUCAAUUGCUGUUAAAUGCUACUUGGGACAUUUAUACGAACGACUAUGGCAAUUUGGUGAGAAACAUAAGAGACACUCAGUGGCCUAUACCUGUAAGCUACGAGGAACAUUUAAGUUUUCAGGAUGAACAGCACGUGGUUAAUAAAGUCAUUAAUGAUCUGUGUUGGCAUCCAUUAUGGACUGGUAUAGCGUUUGCUGCUUACACGAGCUAUGCCAAGAGUCAACAUUUGAUCGGACCUAAAUCAAACGAAGAGGUUGUCAAAGCUUACGACAACAAUUUUGUUCUCGUAUGGUCGUUCAACGACUGUCUGGCACCGAAAUUGGUACUCGAAAGUCCAAGGGAAGUGACAUCCGUGGCUGUGAAUCCACUGGAUGGAAAUCUGGUAGUCGGUGGUUGCGCAAAUGGCCAGAUCGUACUGUGGCACAUUCCCGGUAAAAUCGAGAAAGUAGAAGCGGUAGUUGUGUAUACGGCUGCUCAAAUCAAGCAUAGAAUGACAAUAAAGACUUUGAUCGCGUGGAUGCAGGAAGUACUUGAUACGUCUAUAAUCAGACCCACAGCAAUAUCCUCGUUGAAAGAGAGCCAGAAGGCAGCUGUGAUUCAGAUUAUAUGGAUUUCACCGUACGACCAACUUGAUUCCAGUGGUAGAAUCACGUCGUUACCAGAAGACACUAGUACCGAUGAUUUAUCGUUACAAUUUGUGACUGCAAGCGAGGACGGUACGAUUGCUUUCUGGAACUUGAAGUUAAAUGAAAAAUGGCAGAUGUACAAGAAGAAGGAACCGAGCCCGAGAAAGAAAGGAAAAGUAAAAAGACCAGAGGCGUUGAUAAAGUCUGUAUCUCCGUUUAAAAUAUUGGACCGCGUUUUCAAGCCUUGUUACAUCCUGGUGGCCCAACAUCCAAACGAAAGUCGAAACGUCGUGAUAACCACGAUUAGCAUGUACGUACCGAAAUUUGAGAAAAAACGUGUAGAUGUUGGUCCACCGUCUCAAGAUGUAACUGUCCGAAGAUAUUUUGAAAAUAUUAUCAAAAAACCGGAUUAUGUGAUGCAACCGAAGAUACAUGUCGGUACUGUUGAAGGUGAUUUUGGUUGCGUUACAUGGGAAGGAUACGAUUUCACAACGGAUUUAGCUAUUAAUACUGAAAAAUGUCGAUGGUGUUGGUUUAAAAGAGUACACGAUGGUCCCAUAACACAUACCGUUCGAUCUAGAGAAAACAGAACGUGGCUUGUAACAAUAGGUGGAAAGAUAUUUGCUAUUUGGGAGGAAGAUCUCGGUAUACCAUUAUUUUGGAAGAAGUCAGAUAUUGGGUACACUGCUGUUUCGUGGGGUAGUUUUCGCCCCACAAUACUAAUUCUUACACGAUUAGAUGGUACCGUUGAAUUAUGGGAUUUCAUGGUGAAAACAGACGAACCGUGCGUCCUCCAGAGCUUGUCUGGUCGCAUAAUCACAGGAAUAUAUACCCACGAAUUACAUUUGACCCCUCAAUGCGUAGGAUUUUGCGAUUUCAAUGGUAUCCUAAGAAUGUUCCUAGCUCCUACUACUUUCUUUGAAACAGACUCCGCCUGUAUAGAGUGGAUGACCAAUUUUAUUCAACGACAAGUGAAAAGGGUGAAAAAUUGUAGAGAAUGGCUAGAGAAGUGGUUAGAAACAAAUUAUAAAGAAAUUGAACAGAAAGAAAGAUUGUCGAAAGAAGCGGAGAAGAGGAAACAGCAGGAAGAAGAGAAAGCAACUGUUUCUAAAACAGUGGAAGUGGAAUCUUUGGUAGAGCCUGUGAAGAAAAGCUUGGUAAAUUGUGUUCCUUUUUUGAAAAGAUGGGAAAUGAUUCAAGAAUCACGCAGAAAGUGGGAAGCAAGGGAGCUGAAGCACAUGCAGCAAGUGCUUCUGGAGAAGAAAGGUUUAAGGAAAGACGACCUCGAAAAGCAACGUGAACCUAUCUUAAAAUUAGGACAAGAAAAGAAGAGGAAGAAACAAAAAUUACGGCAAACACUAAAAAUGCAAGAAAACAUUUUCGAGCACACGAAAAGUCUUUUCUUUCCAAAACAUCAGCCAGAAACAAGGCUAAUCUCCGUACCACCAAUGACAGAAAAAUUCGACGAACCAAUUACUGUGGAAGACACUAUACUUGAAGAAGAAAUGAUGGAAAUACAACGAAUUGACCCAAACGAAGAAAUAAUUUAUCAUUUCAUGGAAAUACAGGCUAAAGUGUUGGCUAAUUUACAGAAGCAUCCGUUCGAGUAUUCGUUUAAUUGGAAGAAUAUUUUAAAAGACAAGAAAACAUUGCGUGUCACGAUGGACGCUGAGUUGAGGAAAUUAAACAAAUUUAAAAGAAAAGUUAUAUAAAUGACGUCGAAAUAUUAAUUCAAUAAAUAAAUAUUUAAAUUUAUUAUUAAUAUUAAACAAUACCUAGAGAUCUACAACUUACGUGUGCUUUAAUACAAAAAUCUGUAUUGAAAAAAUAAAAUCUCUUUAUGUAUUAUAGGUACUAUCCGUAUAAGAUAGUAGAUUAAUGAAUGAAAAGUUAUUGUAUUGAAAUCAUAAUUAUAAUUUUCACGUCGUUCAAUUUCGUUUAACGUGUAAUUAAAUUGAACUUCAAUAU